AUGUCAGCCUCUGCAAUCAAGGUUAUCCUUGAUUUAUCCUACUUGCCUUAUGUAGAACCUCCAGAGCUCCUGGCUUCCACAUUUGCUACGAUUCUGAAAUACACAAGUAAUGCUAAAGAAAUGUCAGUGCUGGUCUAUGAUGAAGUCAUAUCCGUAAAUCAGCCUUUCUCUCCAAGACUUGAGGCCGAUUAUAAUGAAAAACAGUGUACAAAGGAGCCCCCUGCUGAAGUAGCAAUAUCCAAUACACCUGCUAUAGUUCUUCCAGAAAAUACAGUUAUACAAGAUACAGAAAAGGAAAGAAAUCUAUCCCUCAGGGCUAGCAGAUCUACUAACAAUACAGGUCAUGUGAUUGACUUGGUGAAUGAUCAACUGCCAGAAGUUAAAAUCUCUGAUGAAGAUAAAAAGAAGAACCUUGAGUUGUUAGAAGAAGCAAAGCGAGUGAGUGAGAGGUUCCUCACACGCAGAGGAAGAAAAUCAAGAAGCAGCCUUUCAGAGUCUCCCACAGGCAUGUCCCCGACGCUUAGUCCCAGUGUUUCACCUGCACCAUCUCGGAGCAACUCUUUCAAUCUUCCAAGUCCAACAGGUUCUGAUACGUGUACAUUCACUGUUGGUUCAGUGUCUCCGCUGCAGAAUGCUACAAAAGGACUAAAUGAUCAGAAACAGAAUGAUCAAAGAAAACUUUCUCAGGGAAGAUUGCUUCCUCGCUUAACUGGUUUUGAAAACCCAAAAGAGAAUCUGUCUGAACAAAAGGAAAACUUUGAUCCACAUAAACUUAUGGAUAAUCUGUCUAGAUCUUGCACUUCAGUUACUGAUGUUGGCAGACUAUCUCUUAAAAGCAGUGCAAAUACUUGUGAACAUGAACUUGGAAAACCAUUCUUUAAAAUAACAAAAGGAAAAGAUUUUCCUUUCAAAGGCAAUUCACAAGAACCAGAAAUGGCUACAGUAGAUCCAAAGCUAAAAGGUUUGGUACCAUUACUGAAGGAUUCAAAAGUUACUUGUAAAACAGACCUUACUACACCUGGUACACACCCUCCUCUACUACGAUCAAUAUCAUGGGAUCACGUAGAACCUGGUAAUAUAGAAAAAGCACCUUUUAAACAACCAUCUGAUUAUGAUAAAAAUGUUUCCAUUAUGAAUAAAUCCAGUAACACCUCAACGAAGCCAUCAACUUUUAAAGAUCUCCAAAUACAAGUGCAACCUGUUCGGAUGCAGAAAUUGACAAAACUCAGAGAGGAGCACAUAUUGAUGCGGAAUCAAAAUUUGGUAGGACUUAAACUCCCUGACCUCAGUGAAACUGCGGAACAGGAAAGAGGGUCUUCACCAUCCUUUUUUGAGGAAGACGAGGAGGAGGAGGAUGAGGAGGGUGCAGAGAAUAGCUGUGAUGUCAUGCCCAAUAUUCCUGAUGCACUCUUACGAAAACUCCGUGUGCAUACAUCUCUUCCGGAAAGCUGUCCUCCACUCACUGAGAAAGAGGUUGAGAAUGUAUUUAUACAACUUUCAUUGGCUUUCCGAAAUGAUAGUUACACUUUGGAAUCGAGAAUUAACCAGGCUGAGAGGGAGAGAAAUCUUGCAGAGGAGAACACGGAGAAAGAACUGGACAAUUUUAAAGUAGCUAUUACGUCUUCGGCUUCCUUAUGGCAUCAUUCUGAACACAGAGAGAUGUACCAGAAAUUGUUGGAGGAUAUCACUGUGCUGCAUCGUUUGGCCUCUAGAUUAUCUAGCCGGGCUGAAAUGGUUGGAGCUGUUCGCCAGGAGAAGCGCAUGUCAAAGGCCACUGAAGUUAUGAUGCAGUAUGUGGAGAAUUUGAAGAGAACAUAUGAAAAGGAUCAUGCUGAGCUUAUGGAGUAUAAGAAACUUGCCAAUCAGAAUUCUAGCAGAAGCUACAGUUCUCCUGAGGAUGGUGUUCCACGUACAUCUAGAUCCAUGUCUCUUACAGUUGGAAAGGCACCUCGGAGGAGAGUCAGUGUUGCUGUUGUUUCAAAAUUUGAAAUCCCAGGCCAGUCACCUAGCAUGUCACCCAUUCCUUUGAUGCCAUCCAUGACUGAAUCAACAAAUGGAAGAAACAAUCUGACAACAACUUCUGUCUUACCCGCACUUUUAGAGAAAUAUCAGGAAGGCUUAAAGAAAUCUAGAGACCUUGAAGAGCUAAUAGAAGAUGAUGAAGAAAAAAUAGUUGAAGGGCCCAAUGAAUGUGAAGAGGAUGAAAGUGGUGAUGAAACUGGCAGACACGGCAAACUUGAAGUUGUUAUCCAUUAUAUACAAAUACUCUACCCCAAACUGCAAAAACAUUGGAAUGUACUCUGGAUUGUAGCAGCCAUCGUCAUAAUUUUUGCUGUGGUGCUGGGAAUCUCCAGUUUAUACAGUUACUUCUCCUGUGCUGAAUUAUCAGAUGGACAACAAGUGAAAGCUACCUGCUCUGCUGCUCAGCAGUACUCCUGGUGGAACUCAGGACUACAUCAUGACCAGCACACAGAAUGAUGACAGUGUGAAUGGGGGAGGGGGGGGAUCCAUUUACAACAGCACACAUUUAAAGUGAGAUACCCAAAGUGAAUGAGGGCUUUGGCACUUCCAUGGUGGCCAAAUGUGAUCAAGAACCCGCCACUUAUUUUAGUCUGUGCCAUCAGACUUGCAAGUGCAAUGUGAUUUCUAACUAGCCAGAUGCA